AUGGCCUUUCCCAGAAGUUCCGGCGGUCUCUCGCUCCUGGUCGGGCUGCUGCUGCUCCUGGGCCAGAGGUCGCGAGGGGAAGAGCCCACGGCCGAGCCCGACCCCGGCCGAUGCCCGGAGGACUGCGCCUGCGCGGCCGAGGGCGCCGUGGACUGCGCCGGCGUCAGCCUGACCCGAUUCCCGGCGGGUCUGCCGGCCACCACUCGGCAGCUGGCGCUGCAGAACAACAAAAUCGAGGAGAUACGGGUAGAGCAACUGUCCAACCUGCCUCUGCUGGAGACGCUCAACCUGCAGAACAACUGGCUCACCACUGACGGCCUGGAAGAUGAAGGUUUGGAGAUGCUGGAAGAACUGGCUUAUUUGUACCUGGCCAACAACCAGUUGUCCUCGGCCCCCAAAGCCUUGCCGCCUUCCCUGGUCAGCGCCGACUUUGCCGCCAAUCGGCUGACCCGGAUCUUCCCGUACACGUUCGGCUACAAACCCAACCUCAAGUCCGUCUACCUCCACAACAACAAGCUGACGGACGACGGGAUUCCCGACAACAUGUUCAACGCUUCCGACAACCUGGAGAUCCUCACCCUGUCCAGCAACUUCCUGCGGACCGUUCCCGAGAACCUGCCCCCCAGCUUGUACCGGCUUCACCUGAAGAGCAACGAGCUGGAGAGAAUCCCGGCCGGAGCUUUCCACGGCUUGCGGAACCUUCGGGAGCUUUACCUGCAGAACAACUUCCUGAGCGACGAGGGCGCGGACAACGAAACUUUCAGCCAAAUGACCAGCCUGGAGUGCUUGGACUUGUCCAACAACAAUCUGAGUGCGGUGCCCAGAGGUCUGCCUCGCAACCUGGUGCUACUUCACCUGGAGAGGAACUCUAUUCGAGGCAUCCCCGCCGACGCGCUCCAUUCCGUGCGCAACCUGGAGUACCUUUUGCUGCACAACAAUCAACUGCGCUCGCGUUUCAUCCACCCGGCCGCCUUCCAGGGCCUGAAGAAGCUGCACACGCUUCAUAUGCACAACAACCAGUUGGAGCGCGUUCCCCGGGGUCUCCCGAGACGGGCCAAGACGCUGGUGCUGCUGCGCAACGCCAUCUCGGAAAUCGGGCGAAACGACCUGGCGCCGCUCUACACGCUGACCGAGCUCAACCUGAGCUACAACCGGCUGAGCGACGGCAAGCUGCACCGCGACGCCUUCCGCAAGCUGCGGCUGCUGGAGACGCUGCACCUAUCGGGCAACGCGCUGCGCUCGCUGCCCGUCGGCCUCCCGCGCGGCCUCAAGGUGCUGGAGGCCAAGAACAACGGUAUGGAGGCGGUGCCGGACGGCGCGCUCAGCGGCAUGCACCGCCUGCGCACGCUGGUCCUCAGCGACAACCGCCUCAGGCUCAACUCCGUCUACCAGGGGGCCUGGAUGGAGCUCGUCGCGCUCACGACGUUGGACCUUUCCGGCAACCAGCUGUCGCACGUCCCGACCGACCUACCCGAGUCGCUGGAGUACCUGGAUCUGCAACGGAACCGCAUCGCUAGCAUUCCCCCCUCUGCCUUUGAAGGCAUCCCCAACAUCCAAAAAAUCAACCUGAGGUUCAACCGCCUGUCGGCCUCGGCGCUGGACGAGAGUUCGCUGGCUCGCCUCGGCGGGAAGAUUGACGUCGGCGGCGACGACGAGGGCUCCGAUCGGCGUUAG